AUGAUUCGCAGGACUGUGAACUCGACGAACCUGAAGCUGCAAAAAUCGUUAUCAAAAUUAGCACCGAUUGAUGCCUUCCCUGAUGAACCUCAAAAAUUCGUCACAAACCUAUCGAGUACAGUCUUGUCCAAACCUCAGCUGGAAGCUCUAUCCUUGGGAUUUAAUUUCAAGUGCCCUCCAAAAAACAUAGACAAAAUUUACGUCCAAGCACAGUUCGAGCGUUUCAAUGAGCAACUCGGCGAUCUGCUUCCAUCAAAAGAGGAUAACCGAAACUGGCUUAAAGCCAAGCUGGUAGACCACGCCCACAGCUUCCUUCAUAAUCCCAUUCACCAAAACGGCAUGAUGAAACAAGAACACUAUCAAGCGCUGAAAGAACUACGGAACAAUCCAAAUCUGAUAGUGAUAAAACUGGACAAGGGGCAUGGCGUGGUUGUCAUGGACAAGAAUGAGUACAUUGCCAAAAUGAUGGAAAUACUGGACGAUAAGCACAAGUUCAAACCAGACCCCGCUCCGGAUAAUGUUCAAUUGAUAGAAAAGCAGAUCAUA